UCCKGGUUCGGAACACAGUCUGUUGUUAUAAAGYCWUGACUAGAUUUCAAACUAAGCCGUUAUUCAAGUUUCAGCUCAGCAAAUCAAUCAUUUUUUGUGGAUCCCWUCUAUUCURAUGGCUCUAACACCAUAGUUAGCUAUUCUGACACUGACGGAACGAUAAGGUUUUCCGGUGUGUUGACAUUUAUGUCGCCCAUUUUGAAAAAAAAAUCUUCGACAGUAUCUACUAAAAGCACACGACGCAUAUAUAUUACUGCUAUGGAUUUGAACAUCGCACGACUGUUCAUCAAGUUUUGCGUGUCGUAUGCAGCUCAUUGUUCUCUUGUUAAUCUCACAAAGCCAAAAAUAGAAGAACUGAUCUUCUUAUUASAGGAAUGUUUGGUGAUGGCACUUCUUUUUCGUGAUAACGGGACACUUGUUUACAUUUAUAAUGCAMUUGGUGAUUUAUAUAGGYGCGCUCAUCAACCAGCCAAGGCAAUCCAUUCUUACACAAAUAUGCUAACCCUAAUUUCUGGMAAUGGAAGUUCCAUUAUUCUUGAGAUAGCCAUCAACCAAAAGUUAGGAAACAUCUAUCAAUCAAUAGGGRAAUAUAACAAGGCAAUUGAGUUCCAUAAAAAGAGCCUAAGUAUUGCUAAAAAGAAUGGUCACAGAAAGGGAGAAGGGACUUCCUAUGGGAAUUUAGGAAAUGCCUAUCGAUCACUGGGAGAAUAUCGCAAGGCGAUUCAAUAUCAUGAAAAGAGACUGAGCAUAGCUAAAACGAUUGGUGAUASACAAGGAGAAGGAGCUACUUAUGGGAAUUUAGGGAAUGUUUAUCAAUUGUUAGGAGAAUACCACAAGGCGAUURAAUGUCAUGAGAAGACACUGAACAUUGCCAAAGAGAUUGGUGACAGACAAGGAGAAGAAGGCGCUUAUGGAAAAUUAGGAAAUGCCUAUAAAUCAUUAGGARAAUAUCACAAAKCGAUUGGAUAUCAGGAAAAAAGCCUAAGCAUUGCUAAAGAGAUUGGUGACAGACAAGGAGAAGGAGCUGCUCUUGCAAAUUUAGGAAUUGCCUAUAAAUCAUUAGGAGAAUAUCGCAGGGCGAUAGAAUAUCAGGAAAAGAGCCUAAGCAUYGCUAAAGACAUUGGUGACAGACAAGUUGAGGGAGCAACUUAUGGAAAUUUAGGGAAUGUUUAUCGAUUAUUAGGAGAAUAUARCAAGUCAAUUGAAUAUCAGGAAAAGAGCCUAAGCAUUGCUAAAGAGAUUGGCGACCGACAAGGAGAAGGAGAUACUUAUGGAAAUUUAGCGAAUGCGUACCGAUUAUUAGGAGAAUAUCACACGGCAAUUGAAUAUAAUGAAAAGAGGCUGAGCAUUGCUAAAGAGAUUGGCGACAGGCAAGGAGAAGGAGCUACUUAUGGAAAUUUAGGGAAUGCCUAUCAGUCAUUAGGAGAAUAUCGCAAAGCCAUUAACUACCAUGAAAAGAGACUCGCCAUUGCUAAAGAKAUUGGUGACAGACAAGGAGAAGGAGAUACUUAUGGAAAUUUAGGGAAUGGCUAUCGAUCAUUACAAGAAUAUGACAAGGCAGUUGAAUAUCUUGAAAAGAAACUGACUAUUGCUAAGGCAAGUGGUGACAGACAAGGAGAAGGAGCUACCUACGGAAAYCUAGGGAUUGCCUAUAAAUCCUUAGGAGAAUAUCGCAAGGCGAUURCAUGUUAUGAUAAAAGCCUAAGCAUUGCUAAAGAGAUUGGAAACAGACAGGUAGAAGCAACAUCUUAUAACAAUMUUGGUGUUCUCUAUCAGGAGGCCAGCACUGAUGAAGACCUCAGCAAAUCAAAAGAACACCUAGAGAAGAGCAUACAUUGUUAUGAGAAAUUGUUUGAUGAUUUAAAAGAUAAAGACCAAUUCAAAGUUUCAAUUGUCGAUACAUUCAUCACAGCCUACAAGGUGCUUAGCCAAGUCUACAUURAAACUGGAGAAAUCGAAGAAGCGCUCAUGGUAUGUGAACGUGGGCGAGCACGUGCUUUGAGAGAUCUCUUGUUCCUUAAAUACCACACAACUGAGAAAACAGAGUCAAAAGAACUGRAMCUUGCAGAUGUCAAGAYAAUUUCCUCUCAUUGCRAAGGCUGCAUUCUUUUUUACAAUCUUCAUGGUAACAAGGUAACUUWUCAUUGCUGGAUCAUAUCAACCCAAAGUCCAUCAUUACUGUUUCAUAAUGAAAUGGACAAUCUUGAAGCUUUGGCAACAAUUGUGUCGAGUUUGCCUGAAGAUGUUACAACAAAUACCAAGGCGGAAUAUUUUCAAUAUCUCGUUGACAACAGUUUCCAGCAGCUUAAUGUUAGAGAAGGAAAAGGAAUGAAAUGCGAAGAUAGAUCGAUGACCUUACUAGAGCAUGAAGACUUGGAGUGUGCAACCCCAACAAYYUCUUCAAAGCACAGUGAAACUGCUCUGAGAUGUUUUCGAAAGCUUGACAGAUGGUGCAUUUCCGACGAGGAAGACGAAAUCAAGUCUCUCGAUGUGCUCUUUAAUAGAUUGGUUUCCCCAGUGCUGCACCAGCUUACCCAGGAAGAAGUGAUCAUCAUCCCUGAUGGUCCUCUGUUCAUGGUGCCCUUCGCUGCCCUUCAAGAUCCUGAGACAGGAAAGUAUUUGUCGGAAACUAAGCGCAUUCGCCUGGCUCCUUCCCUGACGACUCUUAAAAUUCUACAAGAAUCCUCAGAUGAAAAUUAUGCUAAGCUCGGUGUUCAACCAUUGAUAGGAAAACAAGCAACAAAAGAAGUAAUUUUGAAGAGACUAAAACAAGGUGUGUCAGUUAUCCAUUUUGCUGCUCACGGCAGUGACAAAAAUGGCCAGAUCUUCUUGGCUCCUUCUAAUCCUCAGACGAAUUCGUGUCCAGCAGAUGAGGAGGACUGCAUCUUGACCAUAAAGGAAGCACAGGAGAGUGGAAUUCGUGCUCAACUGGUUGUACUGAGCUGUUGUCACACCGGUAAAGGUGACAUCAGGUCUGAAGGAGUGGUUGGAAUUGCUCGCGCAUUUCUUGCGGCUGGAGCACGUGCCGUUGUAGCCUCCCUUUGGGCAAUUGACGACACAGCAACAAAGUUCUUCAUGAUAAAAUUCUAUUCGAAUCUCAAGAAUGGAGAGAGUGCCAGUAAAAGUCUGCAGCAGGCAAUGAAAGAGAUGAGAGAAAUAGAGGGAUACAAGGAACCGAAAUACUGGGCUCCUUUCUUUCUUAUUGGAGACGAUGUUACCAUCACAGUGUAAUUGAAAUCAAGUUUAAUUAAAUAUUGUCAUUACUGGAAAACACCAUCAUGACUAUGUAAUCGAAUAUUUCAGCUCAGAUAAGGUUAAUUUUCGAGAUCCAGUUUUCAUUAAGAUAAAUGUAUCGUGACGCUUUCCAAUAAUAUGUCGAGAUUUGCGUGAAAAAGAGAUACGAAUAUAGGAGUUGCUCUAUUUGCAUA